UCAGAGUGCUUUUGAGCAGUAAUUAAAAAGUAUCUUUUAUAAAUCAAUACUGAAAAGAUUUCGUCUGAUCUAUACUGUGAAUGCAGUGGCUGCUUGCAGUUUCAUCAGUGUUCUACUACAGCUCGUUACGAUCAGCGAUGAUCAUUGCCUUUAACUAGCUCGGGACGGCAGGUAGUGUUCGAUAUUGUGAGUUGGAGUGAAAAAAAGUCGCUCAUUUUUCCUGUUUCGCGUGUUCGCUGAACUUGCCUUUUAACAUUACAAGCUGAUGCAAUAACUGGUGAUCGAUAGGACAGGUUCGAUAGGAACUGUGGGAGUGCGUUAUCUGAAGGUUGUAGCAAACCGUGCCAAAUUCAAUCGAACGAUCCGUGGCUUCGCGAUUACAGUUGCGGCGUCCUUUGGAACUUAGCUUUGCCACUGAGUCAGGGUGUGACCGCUUUGGUUAUCAGCAUGGAGAAGUCCAUAUCAGGCAGGACUGUGGAUGAGCAGGAAAUUGCAGACGCUCGUAGCUAUACCCUGUUGGAAAUAUUGUACGACGUUACGGCUAGCGCGGUAACAACAAGAGCUGGGCAGUUUAUCUACAAGCGCGCAGAUAAUGUUCUCUGGACGGUAGAGCAAACUGCCCGUUGGUCUUUGCCGCAAGCGUCUCCAACAGCGUCCCAAGUUAGCGAUUCUAAAUCAUCAAAAGACAGCGGAAAAGAUGGGGCACCGCUUAUCAGACCAUUGCCAUGGAUGUUGUUUCUUCCAGCAUUGAUAUACUUGCGCAUGUUGCGUAAUGUGCUGUCUAUUGCAUCGCGGUUAAUUGGCCGGGGCCCUUUCCUGCCCUCUAAUAUGGUUGGUUUUAUCCAAAACAAGAGACGAAAGCUACGGGCCCUAAAGUAUCGUGGACAACGUUUAGAGCGCAUAAGCAAAAUAGAAUCAGCAACAUGGUUGAAGCGAAUCGUUCUCAAUCCGCUCAAAACGGUCAUCUGCAUCCGACCAGUUGAUUUGAAGGGAGAUUCUGAUGUUGCGCACCUCGCGAUAGUUCGCAAAGAUCGACAUGGGAUCAGGAAUAAACGCUACAACCAACGAGAGGCAGAAAGCGAUGAAGAUGCUGCAAGUGGCAAUGAUUCUUGGGAGGAUGCUAGUUGCCAGGAGUUACUGGAAAAGUACGCCCAUAUUGAAGAUGAUUCCAGCUUUAAUGCAGACGAUAUUACUUCCGGUUCCGAUUGCGCAGACACUUCAAUGUCAGAUACAGAUCAUUCUCCUAAAAAAAGUCACACUGAGCGUAAAGUAAAUGUCCAAUUGCAAAACAACGGAAAAAAGGCGGACAAAAUCGAAGAAACGUUCAAGCUCGAUGCAAAAGAAAUUAAUACAAAUAGCCUCAACGAAAAUACUAUCCAAACAAAGGAUUCCUCUGGCAGCCCAAAAUUCACUGUAGACACAGUGGAACAAAUGCUUGCAAACACAAAGGAUGAUGUGUCACCGCAAAAAAUCAUUUCCAGCGAAAUAAAUAAAAACAAUAUCAACCCCAAAGGCACUGAGGAAGAACUGUUACAACACAGCAAAGGAUUACCUACUCAAACUAACAAUUCAUCUAGUACAUCAAAAUCCACAAUAAAUUCAGAGCCAGACACGCAUGUCAAACCAAAGGAGAUCGUCUCACCGUCCACGAUCAAUCCUGCGGUGGAUUCAACGGAAAACAAUGAAAACAAACCAAUAAAUCAGAAUAUUGGAACCGUGGCACAACCGAAUAAGGCUGCAUCAUCAUCCAUCUCUAAAUUAAGCUCUAAAAACUCUUCCAAUGCAGUAGUGAGCGAUAUACGGAACAAUCAGCAGCAACAAAAACCAACUAAACAACAAUCUGCACCACAACUACAAAAUCUUACAAAAGAACAGUCUAGUUUUAGCAAUGGCGGUAAAACCCGAAACAAAAAGACAUCAACCGCAUCUAUCGUUUAGUUGUAAUAUGUCGAUUUUUCAUUCAUUUAUGUUAUAUUUUCAAGCAUGCAAUAACUAGGAUAGCUGAAAAUGUUUUUCUUAAUUAGUAGGUUUUGAAAUUUGUAACGUUUUUUUGUCGGUUGUUGUUUAACAAUAGAGCGUUGAUAUAAUUAAUCAUCGUGAUAUAUCAUUGAUUGAUUAAUUGAAAUCGUUCGAUAAGAUGUGGGAAAUAUACAUGGUUUUGCAAUAAACAUA